AUGAAGCACAUUUAUCAAGAUUAACCUGGAGAUGUUAAUGUCUUAAAAAUAAAAGAAUCCCCUUUACCAUAAUUAAAAUAAGACGAAGUACUUAUGAAGAUAUCAUAUACAGCUAUUAACAGAGCAGAAGUAUUGCAAAGAUAAGGAAAGGUUUAUCCUUCUCCAGGACAUAGUCCAAUUAUUGGAUUAGAAGCUUCAGGAUAUGUUGUAGAUCACUUAGGCAAAGAACUCUACCCUGCAAUUGGUUUAUUCUCUGGCGGAACCUAUGCUUAGUAUGCAGCAAUUCACAAAAAUCACGUUUUUGAAUUACCAAAAGGAUUAACACUUGAAUAAGGUGCCGCUAUCCCUGAAGCUUGGAUUACUGCUUACUAAUUGAUUAAAUAUAUUGGAUAAGUUUAAAAAAAUGAUUAUGUUAUGAUAUAUGCAGCUGCUAGUGGAGUUGGUACUGCAGCCAUUCAAUUAGCAAAAUAUUUUGGAGCUCAUGCUAUUGCAAGCAGCUCUUCAGAAGAUAAACUUAAAAUAUGCAAAGAAUUAGGAGCUGAAUUGUGUAUUAAUUACAAAACAUGUGAAAAUUAAGAUGAAGAAAUACUUAAAUUCACAAAUGGGAAGGGUGUUAAUUUAGUAUUAGAUUGUGUUGGAGCUUAAAACUUUAAAUUGACUGAUAAAAUUAUUGGAGUUGAUGGUAAAUGGAUAUUAUAUGGAAGUUUAGGUGGAACAAAUAUUGAAAAGUUUGAUUUAGGUAGCUUGAUGAGAAGAAGAGCAUCCCUCAUAACAACCUUAUUAAAGACAAGGUCAGACGAAUACAAGUCAGAUUUAAUUUCUAAUUUCAAAAAAGAUACUAUAGAAGGUUUUUGCUCUGGUUAGCUUAAGCCAAUCAUUGAUAGGGUUAUCAAUAUUACUUGGGAUGAAGAAGGAUUAAAAGGAUGGAGAGAUGCUCAUACUACUAUGGAAUCUAAUGAAAAUAUUGGCAAAAUUGUUGUUGCAUAUCCUAAAAUAUGA